AAAUAUAUAUAUAUUAGAUUUGUUAACUCUGUUAACUUAAGUCUUUAAGAUUCAAUGGGGAUGAAAACGCUUUUUCUCGCUUUUCUCCUUUGUGGUUUUGUCUAUUCUAUUGACUGGGAUGUAGAAACGGCGUUAGAUAAAUUUGUAAAAGCGGAUGAUGGUGCAUUUGAAUGGGCAAGUAUUCGUGAAGAAAAAUAUGAAAAUUUCACUCACCAUGUUUUAAACAUGACAUCUCAAUAUUGGAAAAAUGAUAGCUGGUCUGAUGCUAGAGUUUGGUAUCAUUUUCUUCAUGUUCUCGUUCCAAAUGAAAUUGAAUUUAGCGAAAGUUCCAUCUUGUGGAUUGAAGGAGGAAGAAGAGGGAGAGACCCACCAACAGUAGAUGACAACGUUUUCUUGGGGGUUCUUUCUGAUAUUUGUCAAGAUAUAAAGGGAAUUGUUGCUAUGUUACAAAUGAUACCUUAUCAACCAAUAGUUUAUGGUAAUGACCCCGAACAAAAGAGAAGAAGUGAAGAUGACAGUAUAGCAUACACAUGGAGACAAUACAUUGAAAAUCCAGCUGAUCCUGAAAUUCUCUUGCAAUUUCCCAGUACCAAAGCAGCUGUAAAAGCCUUGGAUGCCAUCCAAGAAUUCACAAAGCAAGUUCGACCAGAGACUAACAUUGAUAAAUUUUUAGUAUCAGGGGGAUCCAAGAGAGGAUGGAUCAGUUGGUUAUUAGGAUGUGUUGAUAAAAGAGUAAACGCUAUGGCACCUGUCGUGUUAACUGCCGUUAACUUUCAAGAGAAUUUGAGAAGGCAUUGGAGAGCUCUUGGGGGCUGGUCAUUUGCUUUAAAAGAUUAUUAUAAUCAAAAUAUUACGAAAGAUCUUAACUCUCCAGUUGUGACAGAGAUGAUGAAACACAUUGAUCCCUUCAGUUAUAAAGAAAGGUUAACCAUGCCAAAAGUUAUUGUUGCUGCUUGCGGAGACGAAUUCUUUAGACCAGACGACUCUCAUGUCUUUUUCAACGAAUUACCAGAACCAAAAUAUAUGCUAUUGCUUGCUAAUGCUCAACACACUCUUGUUGGUUCCUAUCAUAGAGUUAUAAGCACAUUAGAAGCUUUGUUUAUUGGAGUUAAUACUCCUGGCUAUCAAUUGCCAAAGUUAAGUUGGGAAAGAGGAUCGCUUCCAAACGGUGGUUAUAUAAGAUUAACAUCAAACGAUAAUCCGUAUGAAGUUAAUGCUGUGUCCGCUGAAACCGGUGAAAGAAGUAAAAGAGAUUUUAGACUUGUAACCGGAAUCCCACCUUAUGUUAAUCCCGUUCUUUGGGAAUGGGAGGACGCUAACAAUACAGCACCCGGUGUUUGGGAAGCAAAGUACAAUGAAGAAGAUGAUGUUUAUGUUGGUAUGAUCAUGGAGGCAUACUUUAGAGGACCUAAAGAAGAUACACACUUUGAGUUUACAACAGAAAUCCAGGUUCUACCAGAUACUUUCCCAUUCGAAGAUUGUGUAGGGGAUGGGUGCCGCGGCGAACUUGUUUAA